CCCUCCAGGCAGGAUUCUAACCAUUAGUGAAAGAGGAGGGAGAUGGAGCCAGAAGCGGGGAGAGUGGAUUCCCUUCCUUGGGCGGCUGCUGCGUUCAGAACUUGAAGAGGCCGCACUGGAGAGAGUUUGGCAUGCCCCUUUCCCUCCAAAGGCAAGCAGAAGAGAGAGACACACACGGUGCUGAUCUCUGCCUAUUCCAGACGCCCCCCUAAAUCGGGGCCAGCCUCGGGGCUACACCGGCUCGCCAGAGAGCCCGGCGGUGGGGGUGGAGGGAGGGGGAGUCCCCCCCAGGAUUGGCGGGGCCGCGCUACUCGGAGCCUUACGGUAAGGAGCUGUUCUUCAGCACCCGGCCCGCCCGCGAUUCCCGGCGCAGACGCUAGGAGCUGUCCGCGGUGCUGAUCGAGGCGCUGUCGCCGGCACAGCUCGCAGCAGCUGAAGCGCCUCCGACUCGCGUGGAGCAGAAGCGGUUCUCGGGCUCGGCGGAUCGCGGCCACUCCGGGCUCCAGCAGCGGCGGCAGCAGCAGGCAGACUCUCCUGGGAGCCGGGAGCCAGCCUGCCCUGGGGGGAGCCGCGUUUCCUUCCAGGCGAGGCGGGGAGAGAGCGGCGAGGAGCCGCCGCUGCCCCCCACCCAGUGAAAAGUACCUCGGAGCGGGCAUGAAGGGGUCUCCAGCCCUCUGUCUCCUGCUGGCAGCUUUGCUCAGCGUCCGGGCACAAGGCCUCUCCCCAGAGGAGCCCGACACCCCAGGGAGCUCCGAGGCGGAUGGGGAGCGAACGGUGCCCCCCACCCCAGAUGAAAUGGAGCACGAGGCCCGCUUCGUCACCACGGCGCCCACCCUGAAGCUGCUGAAUCACCACCCGCUCCUGGAGGACUUCCUUCACGAGGCGCUCCUGAAGAAGGACUACCUGGAGCAAAUCCCCUUCCUGGCCGCCGGCCUGGUGGGCCCUGGGCCUGUCCUGCCCGACACCGGCCUCGCCCCAGCCUCCACAAACCAUGUGGCCGGCCAAGAUGGCCGCCCAGCUCUCCGGGACGUCACCACAGCACCCACCACCCUGCCCAUGGCGCCUGUGGCGACGGCUGGCCCCACCACCCUGGAGGGUAAGAAAACUCGAGGCAGGGAUGUGGAGAGGAGCCCAGAGAUGGCCAAGCCAGCUUUCACGACGGACCUGCUGACCACAGCCAUGGGGCGCCUGGUGCCGUGGGCCAAGCCGGGACGGGAUGUCCUCAAAACCGUGCCCCUCUCUGGAGACACACAGCUUCCUCCUGUCACCCCGGCACUGGCCUUCUCCCAGGCUGGUCGCCCCAACUCAGACCCAGCCACGGCCGCCAUAUUGUCUGGCGACAACCCUAACCCUACGGCCCCCACGGUCCCGCCCAGAGUUGCCACGCUGCGCCCGGUGUCCAGCAAAGACGAGGAGACGGCUACCACCACCAUCACAACCACCACCGUCGUCACCAUCGUUCCGGCUUCAGGUCCUUGCAACUGGAAUCUUACUGGCCCCGAAGGGUCUCUGGCUUCCCCACUGCCGUCCGGCAUCCCUUAUGAGGGAGGUGCCCUUGAAUGUGCCUACACCAUCUCCGUAUACCCCGGUUACGGCGUAGAGAUCCGGGUCCAGAACAUCAGUCUGGUGGAAGGUGAGACAGUCACUGUGGAGACGCUUGGAGGGGUGGAGCCUGUUGCUCUAGCCAACGAGUCCUUCCUGAUGCGUGGGCAGGUGAUCCGCGGCCCAACAAAUCAGGUGCUGGUUCGGUUCCAGAGCCCAGCACCUUCCAAUCCUGGCACCUUCCACUUCCAUUUCCAAGCCUACCUGCUGAGUUGCGUCUUCCCCACACGCCCAGCUUACGGGGACGUCUCUGUCACCAGCUUGCAUCCUGGCGGCAGUGCCUACUUCUCUUGUGCCAACGGCUACCAGCUCCAGGGCCAGCACCGCCUUGCCUGUCUCAACGCCACGCACCCCUUCUGGAACUCCCGGGAGCCCACCUGUGUUGCCGCUUGCGGCGGGGUGAUCAGGAACGCCACAGUGGGGCGGAUCAUGUCGCCAGGCUUUCCUGCCAACUACAGCAACAACCUGACCUGCCAUUGGCUGUUGGAGGCCCCUCCUGGGCAGCAGCUGCAUCUCCAUUUUGAGAAGGUCUCAUUGGCUGAGGACGACGACAGGCUUAUCAUCCGAAACGGGAAUAACAUCGAGGCGCCUCCCGUGUAUGAUUCAUAUGAGGUGGAAUACCUGCCAAUUGAGGGUCUCAUCAGCACCGCACGUGGCUUCUUCAUUGAGCUCACGACGGACAGCAGUGGGGUGGCCGCAGGCAUGGCGUUGCGAUACGAAGCCUUUGAAGCAGGACACUGUUACGAGCCGUUCGUCAAGUAUGGCAACUUCACCACCAGCGACGCCACGUAUGCCGUGGGCUCCACCGUGGAGUUUGCCUGCGAAGCCGGAUACACCCUGGAGCAGGGCUCUGUCAUCAUCGAGUGCGUUGACCCCACCAACCCCCAGUGGAACGAGACGGAGCCAGCCUGCCGAGCGGUGUGCAGCGGGGAGAUCACGGAUGCGGUCGGCGUGGUGCUGUCCCCUAACUGGCCGGAGCCCUACGGGAAGGGUCAGGACUGCAUCUGGGGGCUGCAUGUGGAAGAGGACAAACGCAUCAUGCUGGACAUCAAAGUCCUGCGCCUGGGCAAGGGUGACGUGCUGACGUUCUACGAUGGGGACGACUUGACGGCACGCAUCCUGGGCCAAUAUUCCGGCCCCCACCAGCGGUUCAAGCUGUACACCUCCAUGGCUGACGUCACCAUCCAGUUCCAGUCGGAUCCUGGCAGCAACGGCCUGGGCUACCAGCAGGGUUUCAUCAUCCACUUUGCUGAGGUCCCCCGAAACGACACGUGUCCCGAGCUCCCUGAAAUCCCCAACGGCUGGAAAACCAUGUCCCACCCUGAGCUGAUCCACGGCACGGUGGUGACGUACCACUGCUACCCUGGCUACGAGCUGCUGGGCACGGAACUGCUGAUGUGUCACUGGGACCUGACCUGGAGUGGGGACUUGCCCUCCUGCCAGCGAGUUACCACUUGUCGGGACCCCGGAGAUGUGGAUCACAGCCGCCGGGUGGUCUCCAGUAACAAGUUCCCAGUUGGGUCCACCAUCCAGUUCGUCUGCGACAAGGGCUAUGCCCUGGCUGGGAGCGGGGCUAUCAGCUGCCAUGACAGACAAGCAGGGGGCCCGAAGUGGAGCGACCGCCUCCCCAAAUGCAUCCCGGAAGUCUACGAGCCCUGCCACAACCCAGGCCUCCCUGACCAUGGAACCCAAACCCCCGAGAGGCGGGUCUACCAGGCGGGGGCCACACUCCGCUUCUCCUGUGCUUCCGGCUACCUGCUGCUGGGCGAGGCCACUCUGCGCUGCGUGCCGGGCCACCCUUCCCAGUGGAAUGGCUCCCCGCCGCUCUGCAAGGCUGCCUCCUACGACGCGUUCGACACCAACCGCAAUCUGGACGCUGUGGCAAAAGUGGCGCCCGCCACGGACCCUCUGCAGGGCACCAACGUGGCUUUUGCCGUCUUCCUGCCAGUCGCAGCUGUCGGGCUCCUCCUGGGCGCCGUGUACCUCUACAUCUCCAGGAACCAAGGCAAGCCAUCCCUACAGCUGCCCCUGUCGGGCUCCCACCCCUACGAUCACAUCACGGUUGACUCAGCUUUCGACAACCCCACCUACGAGAUCGGAACUUUUCUCUCCCCAGGAGAUCCGGGAGUAUGAAGUCUCCAUCUAGGGUGGGCGCCGCCCUCGAGGUGGGAGCCGGAGCGGCAGGCCCCGCUCCCCGACCCGCGCUGCCCUCUGCCCUCCCUGCUCGCCGGCCUCCGACUGACUCCGUGGCUGGAAGAGCGCCCCCGUGGCAGCAAGGA